UUCAUGCGGGUGGUACUAGGUGACAUUGUGCAUAAAUUGCACCAGAUUUGGCGCCCGGGUACCGACUUUUGCCCUGCGGGUGUCUGUGGAAAUUAAAUGCUUGCUAUUCGCCGAUGAAUUACGUAUUGUGCAGUGCUCUUCGUUUGCCAAACGACCGAUGCCAGUCCCAGGGUCAGGUCGGCAUCCCCGCAGUUGGUGACUGAGGAGCUCCUUAAUCAGACGAGCCCAUUGUAAUGAUUACAACGUGAAAAAGUGGUGGGGUGAUGGAUUCAUACUUUCUCCAAGUCAGGUCACCGGUCUAGCCCUCAGUACACGCACUAUCAUACGUGUUCGUUUGCAUUGGAGAAAGCUUAUCAGGUCGUGCUACCCGGGGCGACCUUGCCCCAAUUGCCCCCGGCCAUGUCACUGCCUUCGGGCGUUGCCGAGCAUGGCGAAUGACCUAGAGCGGGUUCGUAUAGACAUUUCAAGGUACGAGGAUCGGUGCGCCAAGCUUGAGAAUGUGCUACUGAGCCCAGAACUGAGGCCGGAGCUGCGAGAGAAGCUGGAGACCCAGCUGAACCUGCUGCUGGGAAAUUUGGUGGAGUUUCGGAAGAAGGAGAACCUGAAGGAGGCGCAGGAGUUGCAGGACCGGAGCGCGGCGGCGGCGGCGGCAGGCCCCGGCCCAGCGAGCCUGGGAGCUGGCGACGCGGCGGCUGGGCUGGGCUCACACAGCGCGGCAGCUGCUGCCGCGGUGGCUUGCCCAGGCCCGGAGACGGUGGCAGCCCCAGGUUUGGGGACGGCGGCGGCCCCAGGCUCGGGGACGGCGGCGAUUUCCGCCCCUUUCUCGUCUGCAGAUGCGACGGCUCGCUUCCUCCGCUCCAUAAUGCUUCCCACCGCUGCCCCCGGCGCGUCGGAGCUGCGGCAACUGUUCCAAAACCUGCUGAAGCACAAGGACAACCAACCUGUCAAGUUGCCGGUGCACGCGUGGGUGUACGACGUCGUGGGCCUUGCAGAUGGCUCAAUGCUUGAUCUCUUGGAGCCGGAGGCGCAGUCGCAGGCGUGGGCCCUCUCAGUGCUGGUCUCGUCAGCGCUUCACCCAAGCGCGCAGCUGCACGAUGACCUCGGGGACGAGCUCAGCGUUGCCGGUCGUGUGGACGAGCUGUUUGGGCGCGUGCUGAGCCUCAUGGCGCGCUACAUGGGCGGAGGGCCGCUCAAGCGCAAGCGGAACUGCACAGAGCAGUCCUUGACCGCUCAUCUCAAGCGGCCGAAUUUCAUGGUGCUUCUGCGGAAUGCGCUGCUGUUCAAGGGCGAGGACAAGCCCGCCAGCGGCACGCUGGGCAGCGCCAAGGAGGACCUGCUGACCAAGGUGCAGGGCUGGUCCAGUGCCUACCACGGUCAGAUUGAGUACCUGCUGUGCUACGCUUGCGCCGGCGAUAAGUUCGAGCUGCUGUACCUGCUCCGCGACGACGAUACGAAGCUCUACCACCUCCUCAGCUCGGAUACGUACACGCCAAGGGGCAAGAUCACCGUGAUCCAGGCGGCCAUCCUCGUGUAUGGCAUCAUCUCGCAGCAGCAGCACCAGCUGCCGGCGGACGCUCAGCUCAUGAACUCCCUGCCUCGUGGCUACGGCAGCGUGCUGUUGCAGCCUCACUCCGUAGUGAAGACAAUGGAGUGGACGCGCCACCUGAAUCAGGGGGGGAUGCAGCUGGACGAUCUGCAGCAGCUGUACACCGCCGUACGCGGCAGCAGUUAUGUCAUCCACGCGUCGGAGGGACCAGCUGUCAUGCGGGGCUCGUACAGGGUGACGCUGGAACCCAGGGGCCAGCCUCUGCAGGACAGCUGGUGCCCCGACAGCUCAGAGGAGCUGGCUCUCGCCAUCAGGUGUAUUCUAAUGGGCGUGCAGGCGAUCCAUGCGGCCCACUUUGGCCAUACCGAUCUGCGCUGGCCGAACAUCAUCAAGCUCACCCGGGGAGCCUUCCGCGUGAUCGACCUGGAACUGGCGGUGCCCUUGGACAGCCUGCAGCGCCACCGCAAGGAGGAUGUGGACAUGCCAGCUGUCUGGGAGGGAGGCGCGGCGCUGGUCGAUGGGCGCUUCACCGCUGCCAGCGACUUGUACCUGGUGGGCCGCAUGCUGCAGCGCAUGCUAUCCAAGAUGCCUCCGUGGGACCCCGCACUCGAGGGUGCGAGGCAACUCGCUGAGGGCCUGGUGUCCAAGGCAUUCAGCAUGGAGCAGGCGCUACAGCAUGUGUGGUUGCGGCUGCCCUUAGGUGAACUGCGGACGACGGUCCUAGGGGUAGUGUAGGCGGCGCAGCGGGGUGACACCUCGUGCAUGCACGCGUGCAUGUGUGGUGCAGCUGGAGCGACUGAGGAGGAGGAAGACGGUGAUGGCGUAGCAGAUGGUGAGAGGCGGUGGUGACUCGGGGUAUUGAGGGGUUUUACUCCGCCCCGCCACCUGUACCUCAGUCCACCUGUAGUGCUUCUUUAGGGCUCGUGUGGAGCGGCUUGUCACCGCUGGCGAGUGCUGCACCGCUCCGCGGGUACAUAUCCGAUGGAUCAUGGAUCAUCCACCGCAUGGAAGUGCUGAGAGACUUCUGGGCGCCACCAUGGUGGGCGCGGUGGUUCAAACUGACAACCGGGCGGCUAUUUCCGUACCGUGGACUGAGUGCCGUCCGGAGGUCAGAGACUCCUGAGACCAGUGGUAACUGCGACAGAUUAAAUUGCGUGCUGUCUGGAUAGCGGCUCGGAUAGGGCUGAGCCCCAUCAUUGCCCUUAUGGCAGUAACGUGCUUGUCUGCCUCUCGUUCGUCAGGAUUAUUAUUGGAAGAAGCACGAAGGUCAGCGUUCGCCCAUGCAUUGAGCGGGUUGCUAUGCGGCUAGGGGACGCGGACUCCCCCUAAGGAGCGCCAUGUUGGGCCGGCCCUGUGGCUUGCCGCCUCACCUGGAAGUUGUGGCUUCCUUAGGGAGUCUUUGAUAGACCAAGAAUGCGUAUCGAGUGCGACGGAGUCUGGCCCCGGGGCCUGCAACAGAGUUAGUGGCCUUGGUUCGCUCAUGUUCGCUGGAUGUGGAGAGCUGGCGGGCCGCAUCUGCUUGUGGCUCUGGUCCAUCGGCGCGUCCAUGUGCGGCGUGGCGCUCUCAGUGCUUGCGUAGGACUGCCGUAGCUGUGCGUUCUCGACAUGAUGGGGCGGCUGGGGGCGGUGGGGGAUGCGGCUGGGGGUGCGACUGGGGGUGCGGCUGGGGGUGCGGAGCAGACCGAGGGCAGGGUGCGCGCGCUGGUGGCGCGCAUCAACCAGAAGGGGCAGUCGGCAGCGGGCAGCCAGGAUGACGAUGAGCUGCCGCCAUCCCAGAUUGAGGGGGGGGAUGGACGAGUGAUUGUAACGCACCCGCUUG